AUGGACGAUAUCUACUAUUCUCCUCGAUACGAAGAUGAUCAGUAUGAAUAUCGUCACGUCAUUCUUCCUCAUGAUCUCGCAAAACAAAUUCCCAGAGAUAAAUUACUGACAGAAGGCGAAUGGAGACGUCUCGGAGUCACACAGUCUCUCGGAUGGGAACAUUAUAUGAUCCAUAAUCCAGAAAAGCACAUUCUUCUGUUCCGCCGUCAACGCAAUUUUACGAAAGAAGAUGAGGAAAGAGCAAAGGAAAGAUUGUUGAGAGAACUUGAUGCUUAUGAAAGAUUCCGAAGAAAUCAAAUGGGAAGAUUGAAUUAUGAAUAA